AUGCUAUUGAUUUUGGUUGUGCAACCAUGGUGGUCCGGUGGACGGCAGUUGGAUGAGGCACCGGCCACUAUCGAUGUACUUCCAAGGUUCCUGCGGCCUGCCUGUGUUAAGGCCGCGCGGGGCAGUUCGGAAUCCAUGGAUGUGGACGGUGGAAUUCGAUCUGGUGUGACGGGUGACCUGUGA